AUGACAGCGUCCUUAGUUUCCGAGAUUAUUCAACAAAUACGGGAAGAUCCAGACAGUGCUCUGGCCACUAUUGAACGGGAGCUCGCUAUUGCCCAGUAUAGAGGCAAAGAUUGCUCUGAGGAUGAGGCUUGGCAGACGAUACUCAACGAAACCCUGGAUGAUCUUGUUCUGGAACCCAUCCGAUUUGACUGGUUCCCCGAAACACGGCCUGUGGACCAGCAACUGUACUGUGCCAAGAAGACGGCCCAAUUGAAGAUCUUGCGGUACGUGCUGAACCGUCGGUCCGCAGUCUACAACACAGUACAGGUUCUCCAAGUGGUUUCCGUUUACGGAGGCAACCGAUACCCGUGGUCAUGUUGCGAAAGCGUGCGUAUUUUGAAAGACAUUUUGGAGUUGGUGAAUCCAUCUAAGGAGGAUAUCUUCAAACUGAUGGAAAUCCUAGUCCCGAUGCUCAAAGAGUUUAGCAAAAGUAACCUGCCAUCUUCAAAAAUGUCCCCGACCGCACACAAAAAGGGGAUUCUAUUGUCUGAACUGUUCAAAACCGAAACGCCGCUCGUGAGAACACCAUUCAUUGAUUUCAAAGAUGAGGUCAGAACCAAAUACAUGGGCAAAAUCGGAACCUUGUCGUUCAUCGUCAAUAGAUUAGACUCGGCCGAUCUCGAUAACUGGUGGCAUUUUAUCCUACCGUUUCUGCUACAUUUCUUGGAAGACCACGACAUGUUUGUGAAAUGCGCCGCCAUCGACGUGCUGAGAUCCAUAUUGCAUACCCCGUCCGAGAAACCCAGCAUUGUGAUUCGCAGCGGCGUGGCCCCCAUGCUCAUGGACGCCAUGGUGCCUUGUCUACUGGCUCUCCCAUCGCUCACACCGGCCAAGAAGUCGGUGCUGAUCCUCCCAGAGUCCUAUGCGGCCUACAUCGAGCUGCUCAAGCUCGCCAACCCGGACGAAGAACAGUUCCGCAUUAAACUCGCUGCCCUGCUUACAGACUACGUUCUACCAGCACUCUCUAAAGCGUCCGAGUUCCCAGAAAUCUCCAACAUCUUGCUCGUGCUUGUCUCGAACGUCAUACUGCCCUACCUCGACACGUUCGUGCCCAUCGUCGCCAAACCAGUCAUCUACACCAUCCUCAACCUGCUCCAAAACCCGUACACCGCCUUCUCCCUCGACACAGUUUCGAAAUCUCUCCAGGUGCUGGAAAUCGUGAAGCAGAAUUCGAAAAGCGUGCAUGCGUGCCGGUACGACGUUCUUGGCAGUUUGCUGAAACUUCUGCAGCGUAUGGUCAAGUACAACAUGCAGGCUUCCGGGCCCACGCGGCUGGAAGUGCAGAGGUUCAUCCAUUCCCUGAACCUUCCCGACUCGGAGCGUGCCAAAAUACGCAGUUACUUUCUGGGCCGGAUGCCCAAGUUCUUGACGCAGACGCGCGAGGCGUUGCGCGAGAAGUACCAGGAGAUCAACAGGCUCGAGAAGACGCGGCUGCUGGAUGCCUACCGCAACCCGGGCCAAUCGCAGUGGAGUUACAAGACCGCGGUCCAGGAGCGGAACCGAGAUCAGAACCGGUACACGGAUGUUGUUCCCUUUGACAAGAACCGGGUCAAGUUACAAGGUGGCGGAGCAGACUACAUCAAUGCGUCGUGGAUCCAGCUGAGCGUGGGCGACCAGCCAGCCAAAUACAUCUCUACCCAGGGUCCAACAGCAAGGUCGUGGGAGUAUUUCUGGCAGAUGUGCAACGAACAAUGCACGCGGCAGGUUGUGAUUGUGAUGCUGACGCCUAUCUUCGAAGCGGGUCGUGAGAAGUGCCACAAAUAUUGGGCCGAGGCAGACUUUUCGGUCGGCCGAGAUUUGGAGCUCGAGUUUUUGGGUCAAGAAAGCCACGACGGGUUUAGCCUCACACGGUGGAUAAUGGAGGAUCGCAUACGGCAGGUGCGCAAGCCUGUCUACCAUUACCAUUACCACGACUGGGCGGACUUCAGUGCGCCCGAGCAACUGUCGCCGAUGCUGGAGCUGAGCGAGCAUGUGCAUGCGGAGCAAGGUACGGACCCUGUGAUUGUGCACUGUUCUGCAGGAGUCGGGAGGUCCGGGACCUUCAUCGCUGUUGAUUAUUUUUUGCAGCACUGCACAAGCAGUUUGGCGGACGAGACAGACAACUUGGACCGCAGCGACCUGAUCACACCAGAAAACAACAACCAGGUGCGAGACCCUGUUUACGAGAUUUCGGAAUUUGGCGACGAGGGACUCAUUUCCUCGGAAUCAGACUUGGAAACCAGUUGCGGGCUGGACUGUUCUAUUGGCGAGAGUUUUGGGAAAGAGAGUUGCGGGUGGGAGCGCUGGGUGACCAGUGGGGCAGGCAGUUGGUAUUCGAUGCCGGCGGAAUACGAGCUGGAUCUGGAGGAAAGCGGAGAAUAA